AUGCUUCCUCGCAGCCUUCCGGGUCUGCUCCCUCGCCGUCUCUUCACUGUAUCUGCAAGAAUGGCCUCCAACACGCCGCUGGAGGAUGUCAUGCGCGAUAAGAUCACUCACGCAUUCACACCUUCGAAACUCGUGAUCCGGAAUGACUCUCACCUCCAUGCGCACCACGCUGCAAUGGAAGGGUCGGUAUCGAAAGAGACGCAUUUCAAUGUGACAAUUGUCUCUGAUUCCUUCGAGUCGAAGAUGCAGCCCGCUCGGCACCGUAUGGUCUAUUCGUUGUUCAAGGAAGAGAUGGCUCGCGAGGGCGGACUACAUGCACUGCAGUUGAAGACGAAGACACCCGCUGAGGAGCAGCGCGAGAUGGAGAGGAAGGAAAAGGCAUAG